AUGGCCCCAAAGUCAUCAAGAAGCGCAACUUUCAAGUCCAUCGAGGAAUGCAUCUCCGCAGCUGGUAAAGUAGAGGAAGAGCCGGAUCCGGUCACACGAGCCGCUUGCACCCUCAAUUUGGAGUUCUUCAAGCCCCUGGGGCAGCCGCGACGUGGGGAUUGGUUGGCCGAGAAGAAGGAGACGGGGCAGACCUACACGACUUACAGCCGCCGCAUGAAGCCACCAAUGACGCCAACGAAGCACACUGACACGAUACUUCUGGUUCCGAUGGGGAGCAGUUUCAGUGAAGGCAUCGCCGUAAAGUUUUUAAGCUACUUGGUUGAUUACUGCGCAGCCUUCUUCAGUGGCAUGACGCUGGAUAUUCUUGACAAGCCAUUGUCGCUGGCAAAAGCACGCAAGAGGAUGAACGAUUUCAACCAUGAGCAAUACCUGAUCGCCGACUUGUUCGAAGCUCUCCACAGUGAAACAAGAUCCCAUCGAAAGGCAUAUUGCCGCUUGGGCAUCACAAUGGAAGACAUCUAUCCGGGCGAGGAAUGGAACUAUGUCUUUGGACAGGCCAAGCCCAUGGAACGGGUUGGCGUCUUCUCAUUUGCUCGGCACUCGCCCUUCUUCUACCAUGGUCUGCAUGCUUCACAGGUGAGCGGCUCCGCCUCGCAUGACCAGCAAGCUAUCUGGCUUCGUGCCUGCAUGAGGACAAUGGUGCAUGAGACGUGUCACAUGUUUGGAAUCUUGCAUUGUGUCUACUUCCACUGCCUGAUGAACGGAUCGAACGGGCCGCAAGACACUGCUGGCAGAAGCAGUUUCAUGUGCCCUGUUUGCCUGCGAAAGCUGCUGCUGGCGCUGUCCUACUCCCCUGCUGCGACCGGAGCGAUCCCGCGAUACCAGGCCAUCCUGCAAGCCAUGGGCCGGGUGCUUGAGGACUUCGGAAGUCAGGAAGACAGCGAAGAGAUCCAGGAGUUGACUGCGGACAUCGCCUGGCUGAACAAACGACUUGGCAGCCUCGCAGACUCCAGCCCUGCAGUGCCACCUACGACCUAG